GAUGGAAGAAAGCUUGAAAUGGGAACACAAGUAGCUGGCCAAUUUGGAUUUUCACGAUUUUUCGAGUCAAUAAAGAUAUUAGCUGGCCGAUUGUGAGGUUCAAAUUCGGACAAGUAAGCCAAUUCCCGUGCUUUAGCUUGGUGGCCAAUCAAGUAUUUAUUGUGCUGCCCAGUUCUUUGAACUGAAUUCGAUCGACGUCUCUAGCUUUCGACGAGCCUGGGCUGAUAUGGAAAAUCGGAAGGCUUAGGCUAUUGUUCUUCUGACGUCGACGAGUUUCGCAAUCCGAGUACGCCUACGGAGUUUCUGUAUAAAACAUAUCAAUUCAAUGUUGCACUCAUCACCGUCUUUUUCGAUAUACCAUUCUGGGGAUGAAUUUCAGGAUUUAGAGGGUCGAGAUCCGAGUCAAGAAGCGCUGGAGAGAACUAUUACCAUAGGCGAGAGCUUAGAAGCCAUAGGUAGUGGUGAAUUCAGCUUUAACAAGAAGAGUAUGAGCUUGAUUGUGGAAAGGGAAGAGGAGAAGGAUGAAGUUGUUGAUGGGAUUCAGAGUGGAAGUGUUGAAGAAGAAGCGAAUGAACCACCUAGUCCACCCUUGUACCUUGCGACAGGGCUUGGGAUUGACACUUCUGGUUUUGGUGUUGGCGGUGGCCGUGGUUUUGAUGAGUUCAAUUUAGCUGUGGCGAACUUCGAUGAUGGUGGCGAUGUUGAAGAGUACUGCAAGAGGAUGGUUGAUGAAUAUCCGUGCCACCCGUUGUUUCUGAGAAAAUAUGCUCAAGUUUUGCAGUCCAAGGGAGACCUUCAAGGAGCAGAGGAAUACUAUUAUCGUGCUACACUAGCAGAUCCUGAAGAUGGUGAAAUUAUGGUGCUAUAUGCUAAACUCGUGUGGGAGCACCAUCAUGACCAAGAUAGAGCCUUGAGUUACUUUGAGCGGGCAGCUCAAGCCGCUCCUCAGGAUAGCCCUGUUCUUGCAGCAUAUGCUAGUUUCCUCUGGGAAAUAGAGGAUGACAAGGAAGAAUAUGAAGCAUCUCAAGCUCACAUUCAGAUUGAGCAGGAAAAACGUGCAGAGGAACUCGAAAUGUCAACCUCCAAAGAAAAAGUUGAAAUAGUAAGUUCAUCCCAACAUGCACCAGGUCUUAAGAUUGAUGUAGCUGGUUUUCCUGCGGCUGAAUCCAGCAGAGGCAGCAAUGUUGAGGAGUAUCAUAAGAAGAUGGUUGAGGAUAAUCCUAACAACCCCUUGUUUCUAAGAAAUUAUGCUCAGUUCCUAUGUCAGUCCAAGGGAGACCUCCAAACAGCAGAGGAAUUUUACAUGCGCACUAUACUAGCUGAUCCUAGUGAUGGUGAAAUCAUGUCACAAUAUGCUAAAUUGGUGUGGGAACUCUACCAUGACCAAGAUAAAGCAUUGUCCUACUUUGAGAGAGCAGUUCAGGCUUCUCCUGGAGAUAGCCAUGUUCUUGCAGCAUAUGCUAGUUUCCUCUGGGAGACGGAAGACGAGGAAGAUGGUGACCCAAGGCACGGCAGUGAUCGGGCACUUCUUAUCCACGGAUAACCCAUGAGUGCAGCAAAUGCUUAACUCCAACACGGAAAGGAAGACCGUUAGUCAGUUGUAAUGCUUCAAAGAUGCAAAAGAAUGAAACCAACACUCACUUCUGUUGGAAGGUUAAAAAAUUUCCAUUAAAUUUGGGUUGUUUGCUGAAAUAUGGUUCAUCAUUAUUCAGAGGGCUUCCUUAGUCACCUAUUUAUGAAUGUUGGGGUCCAAACCCGAGAAGGUAAAAUAAAAUGAGAUUUUAGCAAAAAGUGCAAUACAAUGUUGUAACAGAGUACCUGAAAAUAAUGAAAUAAAUGAAUUAUUUUAUUUUAACAUGUUGGAUUAAGGCAUGUAACAGAUGCAACAAGACAAGCAGUAACGUUUGGUGUUUCAUUUCAAUUUGAAUGUGAUUGGAACUUGCAUAA